CUAUCCAAAGCACCUACCUGUCAUACUCUACGUCUACUCACGCGCUCAGUCUAGUAGCAAAAUAUUGCUUUUUCUACUUCGCUAUCACUAUCAUCUUGACGCCUCUCGCUCCUCCUGCCUUUCUGUUAAACCUUCUAGACAAUCAAAAUUAGACAUGGAAUUCAACACGCAGCCUGCAGUGCAGGACCCUCGUUUCGCUGCCGACGAUACUACUACCUCAUCCAUCAAACAAGUUUUGGACAAUGACUCGUCCGCCACAUCUGCUACUCGUCAACACGUCAACAUCGAUCAGCAGUGCGGUGUGCCUCUGUUCAACGGUAUCCCAUGUGCUUCGGCUCUCACCUGCCAGUCACAUAACCUGCCUGCCAAACGUGCUGUUCCUGGCAGGAGUGCUCCGUUAGACCAGCUUCUGGCUCGCCAGCAGCAAGAAAUGGCUCAGACGGCUCAGCGGGGAGCAUCAAAUGCAGUACGUGUUCUAGUUUUGUCCUUGCGCAGUCAUUCUGACCAGCCACGCAGUGAGAACACUCAAUCAUUUUACUCGAGUACUGAGGACAUGGUCAGGCACGAGGGAAUACAUUUGAACAGAGAGCAUGGUAUAAAUGAUUUAGGAAUAUUGAUUACUAGGUAAAUCUGGUCCAUAGUUGUAAGAGUCGCAAUACACAUUAGUGCGCUAUCGUCCAUUAACCAGCGCGAAAUCAUGACCAGAACAUUAACGCCUUCCCACCGCCUCUUGUCUCAUGCAAGUCGUGAUAAUAUAGUACAGGAAUACGAAAGAAUAA